AUGGGUGAUGAUCCAUGUGAAUGUUUGUUUAAUCACGAGACUGCUAUGAGACGCUUACUAUCGUUGUUGCGAGAUUCUCAAGGCUAUUGUACGGAUUCGGAAUGUCUUCAAGAUUUACCUGGUCCACAAGGUGUUGGUUUCGGCGCCAAUAAUUUGAUGAUGAUCGUCAUUUUAUGGGGUAUUCUUGCGAUGGCGAUGUUUCUCUUACGUCCAAAUUCGAUGCGCUCGCGGCCAGAUUCACUAGGUAAACCGGGACCGAGUUUGGGUGGUGAUGAUCGAGAACCUCCAGCGCCUAGUGUGCAUUAA